CACUUAUUGAUUUGGCCUUAAAAAAAAACUGUUAAACUUUUUCAAUAAUAUUAAAAUGAUUUUAACCAAAAAAAAUUAAAAUUAUUUUUGCAUUGAGGACUUCCCAGUAAUUUAAGAUGAAGUCCAUCUUUUUGUUGCUUAAAAAAAUUAACCACCAAUUUUAAUAUUUUCAUCUGCAACCGCAUAAAUGCUUUGCAUCUAGUAUUAUAUCAUCAUUUUAAAUUUAUACCCAAAGUUGACCUUUCACCCCUAAAUUUUCCAUCAAAUCCUAAAAUGGAUGUAGAAAUCAUUGAUCAUAUCACUUUACGCCCAAUUGAAAUUUCAGAUGUUGAUGAUUUCAUGGUAUGGGCAACAGAUGAAAAUGUUAGCCGUUUUUGCACUUGGGAUACUUACACUUCAAAACCUCAAGCAUUCGAAUUUAUCAACAAUAUUGCUAUUCCUCAUCCAUGGUUUAGAGUUAUUUGUAUUAAUAACAGAGCAAUCGGGUCGAUUUCCAUCACACCCCAUUCAGGGAUAGUGAUGAGCUGUGCUUGGUCUUCUGGAAGAUUGUCUAAUGGAGCGAGCCAACCCGCCUCAAGCUACAAUCAACUUUGCAGAUGUGUAUGGCGAUAUAAACCCAACGAUGUUCUUUGCUCGUGCUGUUGGAUACCUGGAGACCCUUCAAAUCCAACAGUCAAAUACUUUGUGACUACUACCAAGGAAAUAUCAGCAUCAGGAUUCUCGAAAAGUUCCUGGAAAGAAGACAGCCAACCUAUAGGCAUUAUUAAUGAAGCCACGGGCGGAGGUUUCAAGAAGUGCAUGAAGUUUCAGAGGGAUAAUAGCAGGUGGAUAAUAAUGGAAUAUUUGUUAAAUUUAAAUACACCAGGAGUUCAAGAAGAUUUAAAAAAUGAAGUCAUUUGCCGAGUAAGAAGAAUUCCAAUCAACAAUCCUGUUGGUCCAACAUCAACUUUCCGGCAGUACCAGCGGGGGAACAACAGGAGGAAGAUGAAGCUGACAUUGACUUACAACUAAUGUUGUGAUUUGAUAGCAUAGGAUACGAUUUUAUGAUAUAUACAUACAAGUAAACUUGCUCGCGCGAGGCUUCAUUGCAUUUAUUGAGUGUGCUUUGCUUAAAUUACAUUUGAACAAUGUUUCGCCGUGAAAUUAUUCAUUUUCUUUCCUAUUUAGAUUUCAAAAUAACCUUAAGUACUGAGUUACUUAUGCUGGCUGUCUUGCUGUGCUUUACGAAUGCCAGUGCUGCUAGAGCAAAGAUUUUGAAGGGCAGGAAGGUUGCAGAUGCAAGUUUGGUGUCAAGUUCAGAUAAUUGCCCUUCACUUAUUGAUCUCGAUGUAU